UGGGAAUAAACUGCGGGUUGCUUGAACCUUUUGGUAACGGUUUGAUUUAAAGCUAUCAGUUGAUAGAUCAAUACCUUUAAUUGGGCAGUUACAGCUAAAUAGAGGCUAAUUGAGCAGCGGAUAUAUGCACAUCUUAUUGAGGAAUUUAAUCAAGAUGCAGUUCCCACCAACUGAUUGAGUUGCUUACUGUACAUACUAGUUGUAGCUACAACAGAAUAACUUGUGUUUACUAAGUGGAAAACAACAUAUCUCAGUGGACAACGUUACAAUGGACCAAAAGGUUUCUAGUUAUUUGGUCCCUCGUGAAGUUCUUUUGCGGUAUGGUGGAAUAACCAAUGAUCAGAAGAAGCAUCUGUACAGUGAAAUACAUUCAUUGAAUUUCGUGUAUAUACCAAGCUUUCUGAAGUCACAAGGAUCUGGUGUUGAACUUUUGUAUCAGUACGGUGUUUGUCAGUCUCCGAAAGAUUUCGAUGGUCAAGUUUACGAAUAUUUUGUGUGCCCUACAUCGCUAAAUGAAAAGCUUGGCUCUUUCGAGGGCGAGCAAAGAUUUUGUUGUGGAGCACCUCCACAGCAAUAUUGUUGUACAUCCACCCAGUUUUCAUCGGGAAUUCAUAUCGUACAAUCAGAUCUUUUAAUUUCACCUUCGAUUUUUAUUGGAGGCAGUCUUGGAUUUCUUUUAUUUGGUAUCUUUUUCGUAAUAUACGCAUAUUCAAGACUAGCACGUAAUCUUCGUAAAGCAUCUAAUAAGUUAUUUUACGAAACAAACGUUGGUGUAUUUGCUUCACCUGCUUUCCAUGAGCCAAUACAAAAUUUAGAGCUGACCACUUCAUCUGAUAUACAAUCAAAUGAACCACCUAAAAAGACGUUACUCUCUUGUGGUAGUCGAUUAACUAAAAUUUCUUCUGAAAAAUCUGUCUCUGAAAAUCCAUCCAAAAAUACAAACUUUACUACUAACAAUGAUCACUUGUUGGUAAUAUCCGAUAAUUCCGAAAGAGAAUCAAUUAAGAAUUUAAUUCAUCAACAUAAAUCAAGACAUUCUUAUAUAAUAAAUAAUAAUAACAAUAAUGCGAAGAAGAAGAAGAAGAAGAAAAAGAGUAGAAAGAAUGAAAAUUCAACACCAAUCAAAGCUCGACCUGUACUCUUGAAAAGAUCAUCGUGAUUUGUACUGUCCUUUGUUUUUUAACUUGAUUUCUAAUUAUGUAAUUUGAUUUGCACCAUUUAAUUGAAAUCGAAAAUAACAAUCGACAAUGUGUACAGUUGUGAUUAUUAACAAAUAUACAUAAAUUAUUUUCUUUAA